AUGCCGACGAAGAAGAAAUCCAGCGGCCGCAAGCGCGACCACGAGGCGGACCUUGCUGAGCUUGAGCAGCUCCGGAAGGAAAUCGCCGAACGGGACAAGGCCGAAAAGGUCCGCAAGGCUGAACAGGCUCGGAAGAAGGAAGAGGCUGCUCGCAAGGAGGAAGAGGCUACCCGCAAGGAGCAAGAGAGCCAGGGCAAGCGGCAAGUCUUCAGCCGGCGCCAACGUACACUCGUUCGCUGGGAUGUUGACACCGAUAUCCGACUUUUACUGGCCAUCCAGUAUGGCUGCAAUAAGCUUGGGGUGAAGAUUCCUUGGAAGGAGGUUGCAGAAGCCAUGGGACCGAAGUUCACGGAGGGUGCAAUCGUCCAGCAUUUGUCAAAGCUGCGCACCAAACGGGAGGAGCAGGACAAGCCCAACCCGCCUCCACUGAAGCGUGCAGGAAACGGUUAUCACAAGAACGACACAAACGGCAAGAAGGAAGCGCUGCCUUCUCCAAAGGAUGACGCUGCGCCAAGCACUCGCAAGCGGCGUCACCGUAGUCCAUCCGAUGAGGAUUCCGAAGGCAGUGUCUACGCUCUCAAGAAGAAGCAGUUUAAGAACAACAAGAAGGAGAAGGUCUUCGUUGCCCCCAAGCUGCGUUCCAAGCACGAAGAAACCGACAGCGAUGACUCCCAGAAGCUCGUCUGUGUCGGAGCAGAAUGGCUUCGUGACUUCACUGAAGGCGAUGACCGUGCGAAUGACAACGAAUCGACUACUUCUGAGGAGAGCGAGAAGUCAACCGAAAGCGGCGAGUCUACUUCUCAAGCCGCCAAGAAGUCUCAGACCAAGAAGAAGUCAAAGAUAGUGAAACUGCAGGUGGAUCCCGCGCGCAUGGCUAUUCUUGACACUAAACUUCGCGACUCGGCAACUUCCCGCGAGCCUGUCACUCCAACCAACCCACAUCGCGUUGUGACUAACAUGGCACCCGUUCGCUCAUCUUAUUACCCUUACAUGCCUGCCAGUUCUAGCGCCGCUUUCCCUCCCCAGACCCGCGGAAGUUCCAUCCAAUACCCCUCGAAUGGGCCAAGCCCAUUUGACUAUGCCAACCGGUCUGCGGCUGUUCCCGGUGCUGCUCCAAGCCCUGUCUCGGGUGGAGUGUCUGGUUUGGAGGAAAUGAACGCCGCGGUUUAUUCGCGAUUUGAGAUGGUCCCCGAAAUGCAACGUGCCGACCAGUAUAGCGGUCAAGACACUUUCCCCAUGGACAGCUACAUUGAGAGCAAGUUCCUUUCUGACAGUGAGCUGUUUGACAAGCUCCCCGAAGUCGAGCCACCUCGGUACCUUGGGUACGAGGGCGAGGACGUGAAGGAAUUUUAA